UGCAGGGACAGUGUGGCAAACGAAACCACAGAUAAAGAUCAACACGAGACGCCUGAACAGUACAAAUCAACUUGGAGAACAAUAAGAAUCGUUUACUUAACUAUGGCACUCUCUGCAAUGGGUAAACUAAAUUGAAUUUAAUUAUUUUAUUGUAAGUUGAAGAAUUGUUGUUGUACACCAUGUCAGUAUUGCUACCAUUCGACAUACCUGCUUGGAGAUGAGUUUGCCCUGCGAAAAGACGAAGCAGUUCCGUACGCAGGGAUAGUCUUAUCUCAAUCAAGUAUAAUCAUCUUGGCAGCUUCAGACGUACUCAAAACAGGUUCCUUAAUUUCAGAUUCAAUUAUUGUCGGAAAUGUUUCAAAAAUAGAAUUGUCUCACGGAUGCCUAAUCAAGGAAAAUUGGUGCAAAACAACGACAAAGAUACGCCGAAUUCAAUUUGCCAUCGGGGUUUUCCUUGCCUUGGUUGGUUAUGCUAUGUCCCGGAUUGUCACUAAUCUACUUUAUUCGAAAAUAUUUGGACCAAGAAAACAGAUCGACUGAAAAGAAAAAUUUGAAAAUGAAAGAGAUUCAUAGCUCAAAUAUGGAGAAGGAAAAGCUCCUGAACGGGGCAAGUGACAGUGUGGCAAACGAAACCACAGAUGAUGAUCAACACGAGACCCCUGAAGAGUACAAAUCAAGAUGGAGGACAAUAAGAAUCGUUUACUCAACUCUAGCACUCAGUGCAAUGGAACACUCAGCGAUUUACUCAUCAGUUUGGCCUCAUUUAAAAAAGGUUGACCAAGAAGUCAAUGCUCAGUUUCUGGGUUUGGUAGUUGGUGGUUACAGCAUUUUUCAGGUUAUUGGAUCCGUUGUGCUCGGUGCUUGGUGCCAAUACCGUCCAGCUAUCGAGCCACUGUUGGCAGGUGCAUCUCUUCGUUUUAUUGGGAAUGUUAUUUACGUAUGUGCUGAAAACUAUCCUGGUUAUGAUGGUAAAAUGUUGAUUUUGCUUGCAAGAAUUACAGUUGGCUUUUCAGCAGGAGACCUAGCUGUUUGUCGCGCUGUGAUGUCCCAGUCGACUGCAAAACACGAAAAGAACAAUGCAUUGAAAGUUAUGGAAGUAGUGAAAGAAUUAGUAUCUGGAAUUGGUCCAGCUCUGCAAGCUGUAGCCGUACCUCUGCUGGGCAAAGGAAUACAUUAUUCGUUUGUGAAUAUUGACAUUUUCAACAUUGCUGGAUGGAUCGGAAUAGUGACGACAUUUUUCAGAAUAUUCAUCACUCUUAUCUGGUUCAAAGAACACAACAUUGAUGUGAAAGACAGCACAGGCAAUAUAUCAUGUCCUUUUCUAUUUGACUUCAUGCAGUGUAUCGUAAAUAUAUUCAGCUACUCACAAAUAAAUAAAGUAAGUAAGAAUGCUCGCAUUAUGCAUUUGCCGCAGGGCUGUUAUCUGCUAGGUUCAAAUCAUCUGUCAAAAAGAAUUUUAUGUAUUUUCAUAUACUGUGUUUCGAUUUUAGGUGAUCUUCUGAAGCCAAACCUGCGUGCUGCUUUGGUUACAAUAAUAGCCUUUUUCGUCAUUCUAUACAAUGUUUCGACGAUUCAAACUAUGACAAAUCCAUUGCUGGGAGACGAGUUUGCCCUGCGAAAAGACGAAGCAGUUCUGUACGCAGGCAUAACCCUGUCUUCAUUAAGUAUUAUCACCUUGGCAGCUUUUAUCAUCAUCAGACGUACACAAAACAGAUUUCGCGAAAGGACAAUUCUUUUAACCGGGAGUUUCAUAACGCUUGUGGCAUUUGUUGUCCUUCUGCCUUGGGGAAGUGAGCGCCCUAUACUUCAAUCGAAAGAUUCAAUUGUUGUUGGAAAUAUUUCGAAGAUAGUGUUGUCUCCCGGAUGCCCAAUCAAGUACAACUGGUGCAAAACCACACCCAAGAUACGCUCAAUUCAAUUUGCUAUCGGGGUUUUCUUUGCGUUUGUUGGCUAUGCUAUGUCCCGGAUUGUCACUUAUCUACUUUAUUCGAAAAUAAUCGGACCAAGGAAACAGGGUUUGUACAUGGCCUUCUUCAGCUGUGCUGGCUCAUUUGGAGAUUUUGCUGCACCACUGUUAACGACUUCCUUGUAUGCACAUUUUGGACCAAGAGGAUUGUUUCUUUGUGCAGCGAUUGUAAACUUAAUUUCUGCUACGAUGCUUGCAGGUUUUCAAACAAUAUUAGUUCCAUUCGAAGAAUAUAUUAAAGUACCUAUUGCCAAGGAAUAA